AUGACUUUUCCAAUAUCACACUUUCAAGGAACUCAUGACAGUGAAGCCGGCCCAAGUAGAAUUACACUUGUUAAUGAUGUUGCACUUGAUCGUAAUUGCACAUCACCUAAUCAACGAAACAACACGAGUCAAUCCGAUACAGAUGAUAUGGAUGUUGAUGAAGCUUUGGAGGAUGCAGUAAUAUCAUAUGUUAACAUGGAUGUCAGAGAAAAUGGUGCAUUAUCACAUCGUCCUCAAGAAUCAGAACAUGCUUUUCGAGCAAAGCACAAUAUUGCUCGAAAUUUCAAAAAUAAUAUGAUGAUGGAAAAAUCUCGGUUGCCUCAUCCAUUUACCUGUAGACACUGCAAUGUAAGAUUGUUUCAUCAUGAAUCACGUGACACGUGUUGUAAUGGUGGAAAGGUAUCAUUCUCACGAGUUGAUGCUCCUAUAGAAUUGCAACAAUUAUUUUUGGAUGGUUCAGCUGAAGGAAAACAUUUUAGGCAACAUAUUCGAAGUUAUAACCAUGUGCUUUCAUUCACUUCAAUUGGUGUUCAUGUUGAUGAGAAUAUUCUUGCAUCUGGUCGUGGUAUAUACACAUUUCGUGCUCAAGGUGCUUUUUACCAUAACAUAGGAGGUUUCUAUCCAAAUGAGGGUGUCAAGCCGCAUUUCUUACAACUAUACAUCUACGACACCGAUAAUGAGCUACAUAUUUGCAUGCAGGAAAAUCCACAAUUGCACCAAAAUGUAGUUCACAAAUUACAGAAAACGCUCUAUCAGUUUAAUCCUUUUGUAAUUAGGUUCAAGCAACUUUCAAUACUUCCAAAUAUCAGUGAAUGUAGCCUCAUACUUAAGGAGCGUCCAAGUAAUCACCAUCAAUACAAUCUUCCAACUGAUGAACAAGUUGCGGCAAUUAUUGUUGGAUGUGAUGCAGAUUCUAUGGAUUAUGGAAGGGAUAUUAAUGUCAUUCAUUGUGAUGGAAAUCUCAAGAAAGUUCAAGAGACAAAGGGAUAUUAUGAUCCUUUGCAAUACCAUGUAUUGUUUCCAUUUGUGACGCAUGGUUGGGACAUCAACACAACAAAUUGCAAUGGACGAAGAGUGUCAUGUCGAGCAUAUUACAGUUACAUGCUUCAGAUUCGCCCAAAUGAUCAAUCAAUGUUAUUAAAUGUGGGUCGACUGUUGCAACAAUAUGUUGUAGACAAUUAUGUCAAAAUUGAAUCAGGGAGAUUAAGGUGGAUUAAAGAGCACCAAAGUGAUAUACGUUCUGAAUUAUACCAAGGUUUACAUGAUGCUUUGCAUGUUGGUGAAACUAAUGCAGAGAACAUUGGAAAAAGAACAAUAUUGCCAUCAUCAUUUAUUGGCGGUCGUCAAGACAUGACACAACGUUGUGAAGAUGGUAUGGCUAUUGUUCUUAAUGGCGGUAAACCAGAUAUUUUUCUAACAAUGACAUGCAAUCCUUCUUGGAGUGAGAUGACAUCAGAACUUUUGCCUUUUCAAACACCACAAGAUCCUCUAGAUUUGCUAACAAGAAUAUUUCGUUCGAAAUUUGAGAAAUUGAAGGAUGAUGUUAUUAAUAAAGGAGUCUUGGGUAAAGUUAAAAGCUACAUGUAUGUCACUGAAUUUCAAAAGCGAGGACUGCCGCAUGUGCAUAUGUUGUUGGUCUUAGAAAGUAACGAUAAGUUGCGUGACCCAAAAGAUUAUGAUAGUAUGGUAAGAGCAGAAAUACCUAAAUUAGAAUGUGAACCACAGUUGCAUGAAGCUGUUGUAAGACAUAUGAUCCACGGACCUUGCAGCAUAAUCAACCGAAAGUCUCCAUGUAUGAAAGACGGACAUUGUAAAAAAAGGUAUCCCAAACAAUUCUUGGAUGAAACACAUCAAGGCACUGACUCAUAUCUCGAGUAUAGGAGAAGGUUUGAUGAGUCUGUGUCGUUAGGUAAAGAUAGGUUUGUCGAUAAUAGAUGGGUGGUUCCUUAUAACCCUUGGUUACUGUUAAAGUAUGACUGUCACAUCAAUGUAGAGAUUUGCAAUAGCAUUAAAAGUAUCAAGUAUCUAUACAAAUAUGUGUACAAGGGCCCUGAUCGUGUGGCUAUGGAGGUUCAUAAAGGAUCAUACAUGGAUGAAGUUCAACAAUAUGUUGAUGCAAGAUGGAUUUGUGCUCCCGAGGCAUUAUGGAAAAUAUUUCGAUUCACUCUUUACCGAUUAUAUCCUUCGGUUGAAAGAUUGCAUGUCCACUUGCCGAACCGCCAUCAAGUGCGCUUUUAUGAUCAUCAGCAAAUUGCAGAUGUGUUAAAUAAUGAACACAACUCCAAAAUAAUGCUCACACAAUUCUUUGCAUUGAAUCUACGAGAUCCACAAGCAAGAAAGUAUCUGUAUAGAGAGAUUCCAGAGCAUUAUUGUUGGAACAAGCGGGAUAUGGAAUGGCAUCAUAGGCGAUCAACAAGAAAAGUUAUCGGGAGAAUCUAUAUGGUAUCACCUUCGGAGGGAGAUAAGUUUUACUUGCGACUGUUGUUAUCUCAUGUCACAGGUCCAACCAGUUGGGAAUAUCUUCUUAAAAAUAAUGGCAUGACUUUCAGUACAUUCAAAAAAUCAGCCGAGGAUAGGGGAUUUCUAGAGACUGAUCAUAGUAUUCGUGAUUGUUUGGUUGAGGCUACGAGUCUCCGAAUGCCAUAUGCUUUACGAAGGUUAUUUGUGAUGAUUUUAAUAUUUUGUGAACCUACUGAUGUUAAAGGCCUUUGGAAUGAGUUGUUUACACAUAUGGUAAAGGAUUAUCAAACACCUAACAAUGUUGUGGAAUCAGACUUAACUAAUAUGUUGUUGAAGGACUUGAAUGAACUCUUAAACCUGCACGGUAAAAAGAUUGAAGAUUAUGACCUCCCAUCUUUACCCCCUAAUAUAAUAGACAGGGGUGCAGUUCCAAGUAUCAUACAAGAGGAGUUAGCGAUCGAUAUCCCCAAUGAAGAUAUUGAAUUUGUUGCUAAGUUAAAUAAUGAUCAAAUGAUUGCAUUCAACACCAUUAUGAAUGUAAUUGUUCAAAAACACAGUGGGGUAUUUUUUGUUGAUGGUCCAGGAGGAACAGGUAAAACAUUCCUUUAUAGAACAUUAAUGGCAAGUUUAAGAAGUAGAGGAGAAAUUAUCUUAGCAACUGCAUCAUCUGGUAUAGCUGCAACAUUGUUACCCGGUGGUAAGACUGCACACUCUCGAUUUAAGAUACCUAUUGAUAUUCAACCGAGUUCCAUUUAUGGUAUUCAAAAGCAAAAGGAUCUUGCAAAUCUCAUUAGAGUUGCUGCCGCAAUAAUUUGGGAUGAAGCACCAAUGACAAACAAAAAUUGUUUGGAAGCCUUAGAUCGAUCAUUACAAGACAUUUGUAGCAACAAUGCUCCAUUUGGUGGAAAAGUUUUGAUCAUGGGGGGGGGGAUUUUCGUCAAGUUCUUCCUGUUGUAA